UUAGUGUCCUGCCGUUGCCCCAUGGCCACCUUCGGCCGCCGCUUCCUCACGGCGUGGUUCGGGAACCUCCGCAGCGUCGAGGCGCCAGAGGGCCUCAGCGGCGAAGAGGACCUUUCCUUGCUGACAGACCUGGCAGAGGAUGGCGAUGUGGCCGUGGUGGCCCUGCGCAUCGUUCUUCAGCACUGGAUUUCGUGGUCGAAACCAGCUGUUGUGCCAUCUGCCACAUUGAGAUCUGUGGCCUGGCUCCUUACGCCCUCCAAACCAUGUCGCAGCGGAACGACGCUGCCAAAGAAUGCGAAGGCCGAAACCUUUGCCGCGACCUUUCCGGGGCUACGAGCCAUGUUGGAAGACACCUUCUCCCACGAAGUCCGGCUCAAUCAGCAGUUGCACUCUGCGGCGCAGCGGACGGAGGAGGAAUUCAUUCAGCAGGCCAUCGCGCUGGGAGCAGAUGUGAACAGCAAAAACAAGGACGGCUGGACUGCCUUGCACAUUGCUGCCAGCAAAGGUAGCGCGGAGAUUUGCCGCAUGCUGUUGGACGUUGGCGCCGACCCUGGAAUCUUGUGCCGAGUGCCCGUGUGGCCCAAGGAAGAUUUCACACCUUUACGGAUCGCCUUGAGAUUUGUGAAGGCACGGCUAAAGGAGCUGGACUAUCACCGGAAGCGCCUGGCAGAUGGCCGCAGAGGUCUUUGGAGUCUGCGCGGUGUUGUUCAUCCUCAGGUUGAGGCUGAAGUGCUGAGGGUCUUGGUUGCGAAGCCCUGUGAGGAGGAUGUCCUAUGCGGUGUGGUUGCAAGUGCAGCCUCUCUUCUUAAGCAGGUAGAUGAGAGCUGAGACGGAGGGCCAGGAUCUGACCGGGACAGCUGUACAGGCAGUGCUGUCACCAGUGGCAGAAAAGCGGUUGAAGGUGGCCGGGACCAGAAGGUAGAUGGGCCAUGGGAUUAGCG